GUCAUUUGCACGACUAAACGGCAAUGUUCUGAUGAAUUUGCAGGCUAAACACUGCGUUUAGAGAGAGAGAGAGAGAGAGAGAGAGAGAGAGAGUGAACCAGAGUGAGAGGAUAACAAGAGCUUAACCAACAUGAGUAUGAUGGUUGGUCAUCUUCUACCUCCGACUUCCAAACACUCAUUCACUAAAACCUCUCAUUGCCUUCAAAACCCAAAAGCUAGUUUGCAAAGUUCAGCCCCAAAGCCCACAAUCUUACCCAGUCUACUCUCUUUGGCUCUCUCUGUAACACUAAGCUCACCUUUUCCUGUUUUAGCAAUCCCUUCUCUCAACCCCCAGUCCAAUUUAGUCCCUCCCCCCACGACUCCAUUCUCUCAAUCCAAGAAUUUGCAGACUGGGCUGGAAAAUGGAAAAAUCAGACCUUGCCCAUCGAUAAAUCCAGGCUGUGUGUCAACAAAUCCAAGGUCAUCAUCGUUUGCAUUUCCAUUGACGAUUCCUGCAAAUUCUUCAGACAAUGCAAUUCAGAGGUUGGAAGAAGCAAUCUUGGAAACUCAAAAGAAUGCAAAAAUUCAAAUCUUGCAAGAUACCCCUGAUGGAGGCCAAUAUCUACAAGCUGAGUUUGAUGGAGGGUUUGGCCGAGAUGUGCUGGAGUUUCUGGUGAAAGGAGACUUGGUUUCUUACAGGUGCAUGGCCACAAAAGUAACCUACUUGUACCCUUUCACUACUGCUUUGGGGAAUUCAAAGGGACAAGAAGAAAGGAUGAAGAAAAUCACUGACCAGUUGGGUUGGUAUGCUCCAAGUUUCGAAGCCAUGGACUAGAAGUUUUUUCUUCAUCUGCUCAUCUCUGAAAAGAAAGAACAAAGUUGAUAUUAUUGACAAGAAAUUUGUUUGAUUUGUGAAUAAUUUGUUCGUGCUUCUUGUUUUCUGAAUCUUAUGAUCAGCUUGUUUCUUAAGUGCCAGAUAAAUUACAUGUGACAUAGGAGGGAAGGCUCUUUUGCACGUUAAAAGCAUUUGGGAAAACUGGUUUUGUAGUCAGACGACGACGUAUGAUCUCUUCUACGUAUCUA